GUCAUGCGUUCGGACAGAGCCGUGACCCUGCUGCUCUGGCUAAUGCUAAAGGAUCGUGUCAGCAGAUGUUGCGCAUGAAAUACCAGCUUUUUAUGAACGCACCACAUCUAACGACAGUGUCGUAGUGUCGGGCAGAGGUAAACACGGUAGCAGCAGCAUUUCUCAUCAGCGACUGUCACUCUAAAGCAGCACAUGUUUGUGUUUUAAGUUUACCGCAGCUAGCUGGCUGGCUAGCUAGCUAGCUAACUUCAGCCCCAUUUUUUCCAGCUAAUCAAAAGUGAAAGAGGAACAGGAGUGACAGCCUGUGCAGUGUCUGUCCACAUUUAACUCAGUCCAGGUAUCAACUUAAUUUCCCCAUACAAACAUGGUCGCCUCCCGGGUUUAGCAGCAGCUUGACCAGCUUGACCUUCUUCAUCAUGGACUCUUGAAGUCUCCGGGUUUCAGCGACGUAACAGGUUGCUUGUGGUUGUUUUGGACCAGAGGUCACUGUUCAGCCUACAACCUGUCUGACCUUCUGAGCAAGAGGGAGCGAGCAGAUGGGGAACUGCUGUCACGCUGAGAGUCCCUGUAGCAGUGCGGAGGAAAGAAGCGUCUUACUGCGAAAUGACGCAAAGGCCACGGUGCCCACAGGUGAAGGAGUUAUGGAGGGAACGGUUGGUCCUGAUGGAGAUGAUGACAUGAGGAAAAAUCAAGAUAAGACCAAUAUAAAGAUAGAUGAAAAGGCUGAGGAAGUGAAAGAGAAGCAGAGUCUUGAGAAUGGAGAGACGGAGCCCAGUAACACUCAGGAGAAUGGACCCUUGGUGAAGGAAGCCAUCAAAACAACAAAAGCUUCUCCCUGCAAAGGAAACUCCAUAAGAGCACAAGAUGAAGAAAUGACGGACCCUCCAGACAGCAGUGAGAAACCUGGACUUCUGCAAUGCACUUUAGACUCCCUUCAGAAAACAAAUACAGCAACCCAUUGGGAGGGUUUUCCAGAAACAAAUGCGGUGCCAGAAGUAAAUCCAGCUUCUGUGCCGGACAAAAUCCCAAACGAAAUUUCUGCUGAGUCAGUUUGUCCUGAAAAGCCUUCACAUACGGAGAUGACCUCAGCAACACAGCACAUUACAGUUUGCACCUCUCAAGAUGUUGAAGAAGAAGUGGGCUCCAAUAUAAAGUCUGACAAUGCUGCAACCAAGUCGUUUAUGGAGUUUUCUCAAAAUGGUGAAACGUCACCGGUGCCAAACACCGCAGCAACAGCAGCAGCAGCAGCAGCAGGUCAGGUGGUUCCCAUCGCUGUGGUCAGUGAGAAGAAUAACGAAGAGGCUUCCAGCCAUGCCGUGACGGAGGAUUCAGACACAGGCAGCUGUUCAGUGUGUGAGCAGGCCGGUCCUGAAGUCAUAAAAAGUGAUGAUGUCCCUGAGUCUCCUCCUGCAACAGAGCCCACAGAGAGUCAGAGUCCACGACUCAACCACAAUGGUGAAAGGAGAGAGUCUGCCAACUCUGUCAGGGAGUCAGCGACCACAGCUCUAACAGACGCCAUUGAGAGCAAGAAAAGUAUCAAAAAUGGGUCACCGUCCAGCACAAAGCCUGAUCAGAGAGCAGAACCAGAUCCUGAGGAGUUGGCUACGAGCCUGAAGGAGAUCACUUCCUUGGAAAAUAUCAGGCAAGAUGUUGGAGAGGAAAUAUUACUGAAAAAGCAAGAUGAAGCUGGAGAUGCUCCUAAAGAGGAAGAGAAGGAGGAUGUCAUGGAGGUGGCAGUGGAGGAGAACACUGCCUCAGAGACAGUGGCUCUUGUUGCGAAGGAUGCUGAGACACAGGAGGUCACUUGGAAAGAGGAGCAGUUGGAUGAGAGCACAGCCACUGAUGUGAGGGUUGAAGUGGUUUCUGUUACAGAGAAGGAAAACUCCACUGGAACCCACCUGGAGAACAGUGAAGAAGACUUGUACAGAGCGGCUGAGGAGGUGUCAGUGUCACACAACGACAAACCAGGACCUCAGUGUGUGUUGGAAACUUCACUUUUAAAGGUGGAGGACAGAUGCAGUUUGGCUCCGGCCUUGGAUAUUCUGUCGUACAGCGAGAGAGAGUGGAAGGGAAAUACUGCCAAAAGUGCUCUCAUUAGAAAGGGUUACAGAGAAAUGUCCCAGAGGUUCAGCAGCUUGAGAAGAGUGAGGGGAGACAACUACUGUGCACUCAGAGCCACACUGUUCCAGGUGCUUUCUCACAGCACCCAGCUUCCUUCAUGGCUGCAAGAGGAGGACUGUACAAUGCUGCUGGAGCAACUGGAGGCACAGGAAGGUCUGAUAAGUCAGUGGACAUUUCCUGGAGCGUGUCUGCAGGGAGAUGGGACAGGAGACGUCACCCAGCAGCUAAAAAGCUACAUGGAUCUUCUCCGAAUAAAGUGGCGAGCGGCUGUGGACUGCGCCUCAGCCAUGGAGCGGCAGCAGCUGUGUGAGCGAGUGUUUCAGGGGGGAGAGCAGGAGUUCGGGCUGCUGGAGGCGCUCAAGCUGCUGAUGCUGGGCAGAGCGCUGGAGCUGCACGGCUGCAUGCAGGGCGGCGGAGACGUCCCACUCUUCUGCUGGUUGCUGUUUGCACGGGACUCGUCCGACUGCCCGCGCUCCUUCCUGUCCAACCACCUCAGCCAUGUGGGCCUCAGUGCCGGACUGGAGCAGGUGGAGAUGUUCCUGCUGGGCUAUGCCUUACAGUGCACCAUUCAAGUUUACAGACUGUACAAGGCCGACACCGAGGAGUUUGUCACCUUCUACCCGGACGACCACAAGGACGACUGGCUGUCGGUGUGUCUCGUCACAGAAGACGACCGUCACUACAACGUACCCGUUGUAGAAGCUGCAGAACUCCGCGAGGAGCUCGACUCGAGCUGAUGCUGCAGCAGAAGAAUCUCCUGCCAUACAAACACACAACUCUCCUCAGGUUGAUCCAUAUGAAUAGAUUUACACAGAAUUAAAGGAGUAGUUCAACAUUUAAGGGAAGAUGCUUGCUUGUCCUCGGGUUGGUGAGAAGACGGCACUCUCCAGCGGGAAAUAUGCGGGUCUGAAUAGUUCUCCAGGAAAGGCCUUAGAGGGCAUUAAAAUACCUUCCAGUUGUAACACGGCUCGUUAGGGCUGUUUUCCAUUGCUAUAGUAACCGUUUUGACAUGGACAGAGUCGUCAUAGCUCAGCUGCACGAAACUGUUGUGACGUCAUUUUAUACACGAGACAAACUAGCCAAGAUUAAAGCGGUUGUUUUCAGUGUAACUGAAUCAUUACAAUCAGUUAAUUAAAAAGAUUAGUUCAGUACUCCCUGCAUGACCCUGAGCACAGACUCCGUCUGACACAGUCGCUGAACUGAAAUACGGGAAUGAACAGGCUUUUGGCAGUGCUGUUGCUAAAUACACCAGACUCCUGUUAAAUAUUGACAUUUCCUUUGCUAAAUGUUGGAGAUUAACACUGAUCUACAGUAUUGUUUGGUUUGAUUUUCCUGUGAAGCCACACUCCAAAACGUUGCGCUGAGCUGAGUUGUGCUGAACUGUAGUGGAAACGCGCCAUAUGUAGCCUUUAAUUAGCAUUAAAAAAAAACACGUAUGGUCUAAAAGAGCUGAGUCAUAUCCUGAUAUACAAUAUAAAAGGGGUUAUGAGGUAAUGAAAAAACAACAACUCAUACAAUCAUGCAAGUGCUUAUGCAAUUUGGAUAAAUUAAUUCCACCUACAUUUUACACACGGGACCUUUAAUUUACUAAAUGGAGUAAGUGUGAGUUAGCACAAUAUUCAAAGUGAUUUUUCAAGUUGUGUUUUUCGCACAGCUGUGGUCACUGGAACUUCACUUCACUCACAUUACUUGUUCAAAGAUACACAUCCGGCAACUUCUCACCUCGGGCCGUUGCUCGAGCUAACGGCGUUUAUGGCCAAGUGCGAUCAAACACCUCCAGUGGAUUGUGUCAAUCUUCGUCUACCUUCUCGUACUGGGACGUUAUACCGUCCUCCAUUUCAGAUACAACGCCAGGACGUUUGAGGAAUCUCCAUGUUAAAGGGCUGUGAAAAGAUUGCAUCGUACAGAGACUUCAUCUCGAGCGACUGAAUCAAACUUUUGUGUAUUUAAAAUGACUGAAGGCUGACAUUCUUGCCUUAAAACCGAACUGAGCUUCGAGUUUACCUCUGUAACCUAAUCCGUGUGUUAAACUAAGCUGACAGGCUGCCGACAGUAUGUUCAUAUCAUUCAGACACGAGAGCGCUAUCGUUAUCUUCUACCUCUGUGAGAAAGCAGACAAGCAUAUUUCCCCCCCAAAAAAUGUUGUCGUCGUUCUUUUAAAAGAAAUAUAAGCUGAUUUCGAGACCCUGUACAAGUUGUGGUUUACACACGUUUUGUACACACUGUACUGUAUAAAGAGUUUUCUAUUUGAACACAUGUACAUACAGUAAAUGUACAGUGAAUGCAUCUAAUAGUGUGGGGGUCAU